AUGCUGAGAUUUUUGAGCUAUAGAUCCAUUAUCAGGUCUCCUGGAGCUCGUAUGAUGUCAUCCAAACUUGGAUUAGGGACAACUCCAUCACCUCCUAAACUUGAUAAAGAAGAACAAGAGGAAUUUGAGAGAUUACAAAAAAUUGCAAACUCACAAGCUGCCAUAGAUGAGUAUAACAGCUCGGUUCAAGCUGAAGAAGAUACAACUAUAAAUGCUCCUAAUUUAGCAAAAACAGAUAUCGGAGGCUUUUCACCUGAAUAUUUCAAGACAAUUCCAGAGUUUGAAGGCGAAAAGAAUCCAAAAACAGGUGAAAUAGGAGGACCAAAGCAAGAUCCUUUGAGACACGGUGAUUAUUCUUUUAAUGGUAGAGUUACGGAUUUUUAG